UAUCGGCAAACUUUCGUCGCUCGUGAAACUUUUUGAAAGUGAACCAAAUUCCGUGUUCGUAGCAGUGAUAAAGGCAAUAAUUCAGUUAAUCAACAGCCAAAUCCAUCCCCUAAAGGCACCCGGUUCUAGCGUCAAGUUGGAUACUAACAAAAUGGACAGUCCGUGUGAGUCGGAAAGCUCACUCGAUGGCGGGGCCAUGCUUCCACCAAGCCCGGUAUCCCGGGAGCAGCUCAAAAAGCGCAUCGAGAGCCUUACCCAACAGAACAAGGUUUUGAAAGUAGAGCUGGAAACAUAUAAAAUUCGCGUCAAAGUCAUCCAGGAGGAGAACCGCAAUCUGCGUCAAGCAUCCGUUUUUAUUCAAGCGAAGGCAGAACAGGAGGAAGAGUUCAUCUCUAACACGCUGCUCAAGAAGAUACAGGCACUAAAGAAAGAGAAGGAAACGCUGGCACAUCACUACGAGCGCGAGGAGGAGUGCCUGACGAACGAUUUGUCACGCAAACUCGACCAACUUCGCCAGGAGAAAUGUAAGCUGGAACAAACGCUGGAGCAGGAGCAGGAGUGCUUGGUCAACAAGUUGAUGCGCAAGAUCGAGAAGUUGGAGGCGGAAACUUCCGCCAAGCAGAACCAUCUCGAGCAGCUACGGCGCGAAAUGGUGGAGCUAGAGAACACUCUCGAACAGGAGCAGGAAGCGUUGGUAAAUAAGUUGUGGAAGCGCAUGGACAAACUGGAAGCAGAAAAGCGCUCACUGCAGAUUAAACUCGAUCAACCGGUUUCCGAUCCGACUAGUCCAAAAGAGAUCAGUCACCAUCGGAAUGAGAACGGCAACGAUACGGCGUCGAAACUGACUGCUCAUAUCACCAACCUUCGGUCGGAGGUCGACCAGCUACGUAGUAAUCUGGCGGCGGCUGAAAAGGAAAGCCAAGAAAAGACGCAACAGUUUGCGCAUGAAGAAAAGUGCAUUCGGGACGAGAAUAAGCGGCUGCAGCGCAAACUGCAACAAGAGGUCGAACGGCGAGAGGCACUGUCCCGGCAUCUGUCCGAAUCGGAGUCGUCACUCGAGUUCGAGGACGAGCGACUGUUCAACGAAAACGUGUCGGCCCUUGCCAGCCAACGGCCAAUCAGCCCCGGGGGUCUAACCCGUUGCAUAGCCUGCGGCCAAUUCGUCAGCCGGCGGGCCAGUGAGCGGUUCAUUAAACCUGCCAUCCCGAUCGGAUUGAACACAUCCGCACCGAACGUGCUUUCCUCACACGUGGCCGCCCCGUCCGCCGGUUGUGGCGCUCAGGGUGCUGGCGACAGUGGCCAUCUGUUUCCGUUGCUCACUGGAGCGAGUGUGAACUCGCUCAACAGCAUUGGUUCCAGCUCGAUCAACACUAGCAGUAAUAUAUCGUUCACCGGCACUAACACGGUGGUUUCGGCGUCGACGACGUCCUUUGUGCAGCCGGCCAGUCCAAUGGAUACCUCGAUGUGCAAGGAUUAAAUGUAUGUUCGUGCGGGACAACUAGGAAGGAGACAGGAACGGUUUGAUGUGGUAUGAAUCCCCACCCGUUUCUUGCUUUGCCACGGCACGAUCGAAUCCCUUUUGUCACCGGUAGGUUCUCUGCCGUCGGCUAGUUAGGGUUUGCGUGAACUUUCGAAACAAGCAAAAAAACUUUAAAAUUCUACUGUAUUUCUCUGUAAUUUCAAUACGCUAACAAUUCCUCAAAACAUCACCGAAGACACACAAACACGCAAAUUCGAUCGCACUCGUUCGUCGAUCGGGUGAUCAUUUCUUAUCAGCUUUCUCCUCACCUACCGCCACUGGCCGGCGAACAUUAUGCAGUGCAGUGCAUAAUAACAAACUGCGUUUUAUGUGUUUCACGCCUCUUCGGAAUCCCGAAGCAUGUGGCCUCCGUAAUCUAAAAGACAUUCAAAAACAACCACACGGCAAGCGCAAAACGUGCCACCGGUCUGUACACGGUUCAUUCGAUUCAUGUGUUGUCCUCUUGAACCUUACACGCGAUAGACACGUCAUUGAGCAGGAACUAUUGCUCACCGGGAUAGGUAGAAUAUUUACAGUACUGAGCCUGUUCCUCGAACGUCUUCGAAAACGUAGUCUUAUGUUUCAAUUUGUCAUAUGGGCCAACUGUAUGCCUCUUGGGAAUUUCUCCCAUUCAGCACACGUCUAUAAUAUGUCGCGAAAGAAUUGUUCUUGCAAAAACAGAAACAAAACAAGUUACUAGUAAUUGUCGUGUUUGUAUGUGAGUGAGUUUACGUUGAAAUGGGUUAUGCAAAACCGGAAAUAACGAAUUUGAUGUGUGGAUCUUAUUUUUAAGUGCGUCAAGUGUCCAAAGUCAGCACACAACGAACGAAAUACGUUCCAACGCAUCGUACUUAUUAAGGCAAGAUUAAAGACGACAAAGGCAUAACAGGGGCGAAUCGAAGGAUUUAAAAUUAUACAUACGGGGGGAUCUUUCGGGUGUUACAUUUUCCGGAGACGAUAAUGAAUGGUAAUGCAGAAGGCGCGCGCGUGUAAAUUAGUUCCGGGUUCGCGGUUCGAUGGUAAGCACGGUAGAGUUAUGUCUUUCUACUUUUUGUUUGGCUCAAAACCAUAGAAUGGUUCGUGGUAAAUGCGGAGCGCCAUAAAAAAGGUUAAAUAUAAUAGUUCGGCUAUGUAAAUGUAGCACCAAAACCCGCGAAACGCAAAUUUCAAAAUGGGCAAAAGCAUGAAAAAAAUAAAUGUAAUGAUUCCGAAGGAUGAAAAUUUGAGCACGUCGUGUGACGAGCACUCUGUUUGCUAAUCGCUAAACUAUCUUUCUCUACUCGGACUCUCUAUAUACCUUGCACACGAACACAAUAGGAAUGAUGGACUCUUAAUAAUGCUACAACUCGAGAGAAGGAAUGUCGAAUGUAAUCAUAGCAACCAGAGUAGAGUCAAUAGCUGAAAGCUUACACUACACGAGCAACAAAAAAUGAGCACAGAAAAGUGCGCAUAGUAAAACCUUUUCCGACGAUAAAACAGCUAAGACGAGUAAACAAAAUUGCUUUUUAAAUUCAAACAUGCUACAAAACAGAAAACAGUAACAAGAAAAACAUAACAGAAUGAAAUAACCAUAAACAUCAACUACCACCGGGGUAGAAUAGCUAGCAACCGUUACGUAUUCAAACCGACAUCGGGAAGAGGUUAAAUCGAAGGAAUUCAAAUAAAAUAGGUACCGGCGUUCGAACAGGAACUUGAACAGGAACAACACGCUACACGCUAUAACACAGCACAAGAAACAAUUGCAUCUUUCUCUCACUUCGAAUGUUAAACUGCAGCUGUUACUGUAAUGUUAGUUGUAUAGAUAAUCCAAUUCAUUCUGAGCUGAAUAAGAAUCGUAUCUCAAUGUUAUUUUAUCGGGGGAAAGCGGAACACAAAAUCGAAACAGCACGUUACCGAUAUGGUACGGAACUAAGUACUGAGUAAUCCGCUUUCGCAAAAACCCCAUACGACCUACGAAGCUCGGAAAGGAAGCAAGAAGAUGAAUAGAAAUUAUGUAAAAACAAGGUAAAGGGAUACUGAAUGAUGGAAACAGCAAUGGUCGUGCGUUGAAAGUUGGUACUCAUUGCGAUCCUUAGCAUAACGUGGGGCACUAUUUACAAUUAUACGCAAACUGUAAUACGCACUUUCGAUACUUGUUUCACUACCUUACUUGUAACGCUUGAAAGGAUAUAAUUUUCCGGUUUACUUUCGGCUCGUGUAGUGUUACAAUUUAUGAUGCCUUAUCAUGCUAUUAUUUUGUUUUAAUUACACCAUUAGCAUUGAAAAGCAAGUUCAGUCGCCGAUAAGCGCAAUAAUGAAGAGUGCUGCAAAUGAAUGCAAAUGAAAAGGAAGAGAGAAAAACAUACAAACCGAAUGUAACCUUGCUUACAAUAUUUAACCCGCCCAAGUGUGACAAAUGGAUCGCUCACGUUGUACUUUCUCAAAGUCUUUCUACACGUAACCACGGAACAUUGUGUUCGGCUUAUAUUUUGGCCAUAAAUGUGAUGCUUGUUUAAACCUGGACUACGAUUAGCGCUAAAUUUAUGGAAACUGUUAACGAAAUUGUUCUACGGCAGAGGAGGAGGAGGUUUUUGAGAAUCGGAUAACUGUUUGGCCAACACACGGUCGACCGGCGGGUUGAACCUGAACGAAACGAAAAGCUGCCUGGUUGAUAUCCAACAAUAUACCCGUUACCGCCGGCGAAACACCGUUCGCGUUCCUGCACAUUUUUCACAGGAAGUCACAGGAAGGAAAACGCCUACGGGUCGAUCGCCACGUACUGCGGCAAGAGUUUAGCUUGAGUUUCUUUACACAAGACACACACUUUAAAAGCCAGAGCCAGACAGGGAUCCGGACGUGUUGGGAAUGUUUUGUACUACAUAUUACUAGACACGACAGCUUACUGUGUAAUCAUUCUUAUCAGUACGAAUACUAUAUUAUUGUAUGAUUAUUACAUUUUUUGCGAUAUUUUAAAAAUGCAAGAAGAUGGAAAA